AUGGCCUCUGUUGGCCAGUCAUCCGAGCUUCAAAGUGUGGUUGCUUUGGUGAAAACAAUGACGAACGCGCAGCUCAAGGAGAUACUGAGAAGUGAGGGGCUCGCUGUUUCUGGAGUAAAAGCUUCUCUUCAGUUUCGAAUCAUUGAAUUCAUUGAGAGACUCAAUCAAGGAGGACAGAUUGAGCGGUACGAUAACCUGAAGAGAGCCGUGUACGCCACGACACAUCGAUCAAUGCCACAACCUUCAACCCCACAGUCAUUACCUAGUCACCAAUAUCAUUCUUCAGCUAAUCAACCCUUGUCAACACAACAACGACCAUCGCCAUUGAGCGCGCCGAUGACGUCGCAUGGGCUCACUUCUGGUAUCCUCACAAUGCCAAUUUCCAUGUCUUUACAUUUGGGGGCCAAUUCUCAUUUUCUUCUAGGCCGGUUAAAUUUCAAAGAAAGUCCUUUCUACACUGUUUUCCAGCAGCUUACACCUGUUGUGGAAUGCAAAGUACGCGAACAGACUAGGGACAGUGUAGAACUUAGAGUGGUUCUCAACCAAGAUAUGGCUUCUAGGCUACAGGCCGAUCCGAACCUUAGGGUAAUGGUUUACUGUGCUGCAGAUACUGGGCUUAAUCAGUAUACGAAAUCGGAUAUUGCUUUCCCUCACCAAGUUGAGCUGAAGGCAAAUCUCGACGAGGUGAAGGCUAACUUGCGAGGGCUCAAAAACAAACCAGGUACGACGAGACCGGCUGAUAGAUUCUUUGUGCUUGUCAGUCUUGUUCAGCGGCAUCCAGUUGAGGAACUUGUAGCUGAGUUGAAGAUGAGGAAGACAAUCUCGAAAGACCAAGUACUACGAGAAAUGAAAAGCAGAGCGGAUGACACGGACAUCGUUGCAACAUCUAGCGUCAUGUCAUUGAAGUGUCCUUUAUCUACUCUUCGAAUCGCGGUCCCCUGCCGCUCGGUAAUAUGCACUCAUAAUCAAUGCUUUGAUGCAUACUCUUUCCUGCAAUUGCAAGAACAGGCCCCAACGUGGUCAUGCCCUGUGUGUUCUAAGGCCACCAGCUUUGAGUCAUUACAAAUCGAUCAGUAUGUUGAUGAUAUACUUCGCUCAACAUCUACAGAUGUUGAACAGGUUGUAGUGGAGCCAGACGGCAGAUGGUCAAAUCCCAGAGUCGUCGACGCUUCAGAAGCUGGUGGAGUUACUCCUGAGUCAGAUGAUGACGAUUUAAUAGAGAUAAAGGAACUUGGAAAUACGCCCGUUAAACAGGAAUCUCUUCCAGCCGCGAGUUUAUCUCUACAAAGAACCCCAGCUCAAUCACGGGAGCCUUCGUCGACAUCAUCUGUCGCUCGUUUGUCAACAAACAAGCGUCCUGCAACCCAAGUGAUUGACCUUACUGGGAGCGAUGAUGAUAAUGACGAUGGUUCCCCUGUAAGACCACCGAAGCGGCCAGCUUUGAACUUGCUAAAUCGAUCUUUACCCCGGCAAGAAUUUCAAAGUUCAUAUAACACUGCUCUAGCAAAUGGCAAGGCUGUUCCUCGUGCUGGUCAGACUAGUUCUGAGUCUGCAAGCCAAACAACUGGCUAUAAUGCAUAA